UAAAUAGAGCCGGCAGCGCGCUCCGCUCGGCAUUUCCCGAGGAGCCAGAACGCAGCCGGCGCCAGCGCCACCGUCCGGCCCACCCGCCAGUCCGCACAGCCGCGCCGCCGCCGAGCGUUCCGUGCGCGGCGCUCCGAGGACCAGGAAUGGGGCUUCGGGCACUGGGCGCGCUCCGACCGCGGCGCACGUAGGAGCCGAGGAGCGCCAGGAGCCGCCCCGCUGCCCGGAGCCCCACCGCCCAGGACCGGGAGAUGUCGGAAAUGCAGCUGCCUGUUCCCCGAGGAGCCGCCGCCCCCGGGAUCCCCGGGCAGGUUGCGCGCCCCGGCCAGCAGCGCCCAGAGAAGACGGCGCCCCCUACGCCCGACCCGCGCGGCCGGGGCAGCGCCACGCGAGCCCUCUAGGCGACCGCAGGGCCACAGCAGCUCCGCCGCCGGUGCCCCCUCGGAAACCAUGACCCCCGGCGUGGGCCCAUGGAGCCAUGGCCUAUAGGGUCCUGGGCCGCGCGGGGCCACCUCAGCCGCGGAGGGCGCGCAGGCUGCUCUUCGCCUUCACGCUGUCGCUGUCCUGCACUUACCUGUGUUACAGCUUCCUGUGCUGCUGCGACGACCUCGGCCGGAGCCGCCUCCUCGGCGCGCCUCGCUGCCUCCGCGGCCCCAGUGCGGGCGGCCAGAAACUUCUCCAGAAGUCCCGCCCCUGCGAUCCCCCCGGGCCGACGCCCAGCGAGCCCAGCGCUCCCAGCGCGACCGCCGCCGCCGCGCCCGCCCCACGCCUCUCGGGUUCCAACCACUCCGGCUCGCCCAAGCUGGGCACCAAGCGGCUGCCCCAAGCCCUCAUCGUGGGCGUGAAGAAGGGGGGCACCCGGGCCGUGCUGGAGUUUAUCCGCGUGCACCCGGACGUGCGGGCCUUGGGCACGGAGCCCCACUUCUUCGACAGGAACUACGGCCGCGGGCUGGACUGGUACAGGAGCCUGAUGCCCAGGACCCUGGAGACCCAGAUCACGCUGGAGAAGACGCCCAGCUACUUCGUCACCCAAGAGGCCCCUCGCCGCAUCUUCAACAUGUCCCGAGACACCAAGCUGAUCGUGGUGGUGCGCAACCCCGUGACGCGCGCCAUCUCCGAUUACACCCAGACGCUCUCCAAGAAGCCCGACAUCCCUACCUUCGAGGGCCUGUCCUUCCGCAACCGCAGCCUGGGCCUGGUGGACGUGUCGUGGAAUGCCAUCCGCAUCGGCAUGUACGUGCUGCACCUGGAGAGCUGGCUGCGGUACUUCCCGCUGGCCCAGAUCCACUUCGUCAGCGGCGAGCGGCUCAUCACCGACCCUGCGGGCGAGAUGGGGCGCGUCCAGGACUUCCUGGGCAUCAAGAGAUUCAUCACCGACAAGCACUUCUACUUCAACAAGACCAAAGGAUUCCCUUGCUUGAAAAAAACACAGUCGAGCCUCCUGCCUCGAUGCCUGGGCAAAUCCAAAGGGAGAACUCAUGUACAGAUUGAUCCUGAAGUCAUAGACCAGCUUCGGGAGUUUUAUAGACCGUAUAAUAUUAAAUUUUAUGAAACCGUUGGGCAGGACUUCAGGUGGGAGUAAGACACCCAGAGGCAAGGGCUCUUCUGUGGUCUUUUCCUUGAGGUUUGCUCUCGGAGCCUCUGAUCCUCUUCCCCCAACAAGUCGAGACUCCAGCCUCGUUCCCAGCUUGGAGUCUAUCAUCUUGGAACCCGGAAGCGCAGCUAAUGCCAAGAGACCAGGGGGUCCCUGCCACUAGCUCUCUCCAUUCUGGGCAAAGUUGAUCUGCUCUGGGACGUCCAAUCAGUUCCCUUCCACCCGUAAGGGGCCUUGGGGAACGGCUUUAAGAAGAGUGGAUCUUCCCCUGAUGAUGGAUAUUGUAAGUGGUGAUGGUUCUGUUGCUAUGGUUGCAGCAGUCGGCCCCUGUCACUGUCUGCCCAGGAGUGGCCUUGUUAAUUCCAAGUGGCAUGUACCUUCCCUCUGAGCCUCUUUCCCCGAGACACCCUGGGUGGUGGGAUAGGAGACCAUCCUCAGUCCUCCUCAGAACUUGGCAACUCAUCACGAGAUUGCAACCCUGGAAGCACCCCCUGGCCACUCCUGCGAGAUAGACCCUUUGGUGAUGAAAUACACCGGUGACUUCAGAGCCUGUGUUCUGAAGGAUACUGUCUCUGAAAACUACUUCAUGACUCUCCCUGCUCCCUGUGGACAAAAGCACAUAAAUUCUGCUGUUACGGGUACUUUGCUCACACGAGCUUUCGUGUUCAGCAUGCAACGGAAUCAUGCUUGUCCAUGUGAAAUAAAUAUGGUUCUCUCAUGUCCUUAA